AAAGGGGUUCGUAGAACAUGGGAAGUACUGCGAAAAGCCCUAAAAAAUUGAUCUGAGAGACGGAGAAAAUCGAUUUUGUCCAGUGCCUGUCGUGUCGCUCUUAUAAUCCGCAAACAGCAAGAAAAUCUCUAGUGUAAGAGACAGAUUUCAACGAAGACCGAAGCUGUGAAAUGUUGGCUACGAAGUUGAGUUCUUUCCUCAGAAGCUUUUCAAAACCUCAGAUUUCCAGGUCCAUAAAAAAUGUAGAAGAAGAGGAGGGUAAAUCCUACGUCCGUAAGGCAGUUUCAUUUGUUUUGAUUACCAUUACUGGUGGAGUUGCUCUUAGUGCGCUGGAUGACCUUGCUAUCUAUCAAGCCUGCAGUAGCAACGCUAUGGAGAAAGUGAGCAAGAACCAGGCGAUGAUAGAGGCUCUUGGGGAGCCAAUUGUUAAAGGACCAUGGUACAAUGCAUCUCUUGCAGUAGCUCAUAAGAGGCAUUCUGUGUCAUGCUCAUUUCCUGUUUCGGGCCCACAAGGUACAGGGAUGUUGCAGCUGAAGGCAGUUCGUAAUGGAGAUGAUACCUGGUCUUCCUUUUUCCUUCCUCGUGAUUGGGAGAUUUUAAUCAUGGAUGCUCUUCUGUAUGUACCCGGAAACGAGGAGAAGCAUCAAACUUUGCGGAUCGAUCUCUCUGACAAGCUUCCAACUUCACGCACUGCAUAUACCGAGUGCAAAACUCAUACCACGCGCAACGCGGAGACAAAUAUGAGCAUUAAACGACAAUAAUAGUGACCGAAUGUGGUAAUCAACUAAGUCGGUUAAUAUACAAUUGUCUGAACCCAGGGGAUAUCAAUAUUUGUUUUUUUUUAUAGGAAUAAGUUUCCAAAUUUUCGUAUCGGUGCGAAACGUUUUGUUUUGAUGUCGUUUCGCAAUCAAGAUUCAAGUAGAAGUGCAAUGCGCGUCGCCGGUAUGGCUGAUUUGAAUGGUUUGGAGUUAUAGGCUAUGUUUGGAUAACAUCUUAACAGAGGUUUGGGCUACCCAAACCUCUGUGACGAUGUUAAAAGCUCUUCGGAAAGAAAAAAAUCAUGUUUGGAUAGAAAAUUCUAAUGGACUUAAGGACUAAACGUGGCGUUGGCUGUGAAGCUACUUUUUUGGGCUACUACUGUUGGGUUUUUGUGAUCAGUGGAGGUAUUGAAUAUUUAAAUAACAAUUAUUUUUUGUUAUCC